AUGGCCACAGACAAACCCGUCCUCAUCGCAGGCGCAGGCAUCGCCUCGCUCCUCCUCGCGCACUCCCUCCGCCGCUCCAACAUUCCCUUCAAGAUCUUCGAGCGCGACGCCUCCUUCGUCUACCGCGCCCAAGGCUACCGUCUCCGCCUCUCCGCCGAAGGCCUCGACGCCAUCGAAUCCGUCCUCGGCCCGGAAACCUUCCAACGCUUCUGGGACGCCUGCGGCAAAACCCUCGGCCGCGGGUUUGCCGUCCUCGAUGCCAUCACGGGAGAAACCAUCUCCUCCCGCCCUUCCGCCGGUCCCGCCCCUCCCGCCGCACCCCCUGGCACAACCGGCCCCAGCCAAGCCCUCGUCUCCCGCGACGGUAAAGUCGUCGGCAUCGCCCGCGGCACUAUGCGCAAGCUCUUUGCUGAGGGCAGCGAAGAGCACAUUGAAUGGUCCAAAGACGUCACGGGGUACGAACGUACACCCACAGGCGUUCGCGCCAUAUUUGCGGACGGCACCAAGUCCAUCGAAGGCAGCCUCCUCGUCGGCGGCGAGGGGAUUCGUUCCAAAGUCGCGAAACAAGUCUCCGGCGGCCGCCUGAAGGUCUUCGACACCGGUGCUCGGGGCAUCCAUGGUCAGGCGCCUACGGGGGCGUUUAAGGGGUUGGGUGAAGGGGUGUUUAUUUUGAAGGAUGAUACACGCCCCGAGGGGGCAAUUUCGAUUAUUACGAAUGUGAGGCCCGGGGAGAUGAAUGAUCCGGAUGUGCAGUUUGGGUGGACGAUGGUUGGACGGCCGGGGGUGAUUCGGCCGCCGGAGGGGGAAGAUAUCAAUGCAGUUGUGGGCAAACCUGUUGCGGAUAUCGCGCAGCGGUUGACACAGAACUGGCACGCGAAUUUCAAGCCGCUGUUCGACCAGAUGAAUGUGAACGAAGCGGCGUUCUGGCGGAUUACGUGCUCGUCGCCAUCGGGGGUGCCGGAGUGGCCGAACGAUGCGCGGGUGACGGUGCUGGGGGAUGCGGUGCAUUCGAUGACGCCUGCCGGGGGGAACGGCGCGAAUACCGCGGUGAGGGGUGCGGCGUUGUUGGGGAGGUUGUUGGGGGAGGCUGGGGGAUGGAAAGAGGGGCUUACGGAGGCGUAUGAGAGGGAGAUUAGGGUGCUGGGGAGUGAGGCGGUGAAGGCGAGUUAUCAGACGGCGAAGGGGGAGUUUGGGAUUGAGAUUGAUGAGGAAAGGACGCCAGUUGUGUAG